GAGACAGACUUCCGGUUCACGCGACCAAACAGACAAACCAGCGAUCUAUGAAUGAUCGCUGCAGUUUAGAGGAGCUGUUUGGUUCAGAGGUGAUGCUGAGCUAAAGCAGGAGGAGUCAUGGAGAAGGAGGACAGCUGCUUCUGCACCGUGGAGGACAGGAGGAGCAGGAGCAGAUAUGUCUGCUACACCCGGAGGGACGGAGGAGGACUCCGGAUACGGGUGACAGAUGCAGCAGCUGUUUGGAGCUCAGACUGCUGUGAGGACAUCUUGAAGCUACUGGGAAACGGGCUGCAGCUGAGCUCCUCAGAGGAUUUCCUCAUGAAGUUCAGGUCCUGCUGCCUCGGUGGGGAUGUAAGUGUUGUGGUCCAGAACAGCACAGCUGAUCUUCUCCUGGGCUCGGGGCCAACUGGUCUGAAGGUGACCCUCAGCAGGAUGGAGGCCCCUGGGGCCACAGAGGAGCUGAAGGAGCUGCUCUUCAUCAUGGCGGACCGGCUCACUCAGCUUGGAGAUGGAAGCCCUGCACCGAGUCCAGUGAAGAAUCUCCAGCGAUGUGCAGCAGAUUUCCAGCCUCGCCGGCAGCAGGGCGGCGCAGCAAUCGGGACGAUGAAGAGGAGGCUUCCUGGAGCUUCGCUGAUCAACCCCGGCACCAAGAGGAAGAUCCAGGCGACUGGCGUGGCCUUCGAUGAUGAAGAGGAAGAUUGAUGUUUUAAUCGAUUUUUUGCAACUUUUUAAAAUCUCACUGGAUGAAAUGUUUUUAAUACUUAUUGAUGAUGGGAUGCGUUUUAAAUUUGGAUAAAUGUAGUCUUCCUUCAGUGUGACCUGUAACUUUUCUUUUUAUUCCUUCUUUACUCUCUGUUUUAUAGCCUUCAUGGUGUCCUUGUUUCCUUCAUUCUUUCCUUCCUUUCUGUCUCCUUACCCCUUGAUGAGCUGUUGGGUGUGUCAUAUGAAAAAAUCUGAGAUCAUUUUUAUUCUAGUAAAUAAAGGAACUCCACCAUCU